GCCAAGCGUGGACUGGAUUUGCAUGCGAGUACUACGCUUCUCCAGCUGCCACGGUCAGACAGGAAAAUAAAAGACAUCUACGUACUGCGAGAAAGAGUCCACCCCCUUUUGCUGUUUAAAACACCGUUAGUGAUUCCUCCGGUUUCACAGCUGUUGCGCUGGUUUGGCUGCGUGGGAGGGAGAAGAGAAGCAUCAGCGCUCUUUAACAGAGAUACAUUUUUGGAAAUAAGAUAAACAGAGUUCGGCGUCUGUAUUCGCAGAUUCAUUCAUACUGACUUGGAACUGGACAUACCGCUAAACCAGCAGAGAUUACUGUAAGUAUACGCGCUGCGGCGGAGCCAUGGUGCUGUGCGAGGACAGGGAGUGCGGGGUCUGCUACGCGGCCUACUCCCGGAGGGAGAGGGUGCCCCGCGUGCUCCACUGCCGGCACACGUUCUGCGCGCCCUGCCUGGAGCUGAUGGCGCAGCCCAAGAGCGGCAUGCUGACCGUGCGCUGCCCGCUCUGCCGCCAGGUGACCUGCGUGGGGCGCGGCCUGGGCCUGCAGGAGGCGCUGUGGGUCGACACCAAGGUCUGGGACCAGAUCGCCGAGAGCGAAGAGGAAGAGGAGGAGGAGGAGGAGGAGGAGGGGGACGCUGGCAAACAGACGCAGGCUGCAGUGCAGGCUGAACGACCCGCCCCCAAGCACUCCAGAUGCAAGCUCAAACUUCCUGCCUUCCUGAGGAAAUUCAAGAAGCCCCAGCGAGAAAGAAUUUUGCCCGUCUGCAACAUAGAGAUGAAAUCUUGGCGUAGGCUUACUGCUGAGGAAACACUUUAGAAGGAUUUUCAAAGGGAAAGGAGACCCAAACAACAGCCAAUGUUCACAAGCCAUUUUUUAUAUUUGUAUUGUUUUUAAUGGCCAAAAAAAGGGCAUGUUAUGUUUAAAUUAUGUGUUCACAAUGUCAUCCAUGGGAAAUUGUUUAAAACUACAAGGUGCUGAAAGAGAGGUUCAAGGUGAACAAAAACGAUUCCAUUUAUAUUUGUACAUUUACACAGAGAUAGGCCUUGUCUGCUGAAGUGGCGGAACUAAUGUUAUUAUGAGAAGGCUCUGUCAAAGGGGGUCUGUCAAUUGGCUGCUCGUCUGUAAUCCCCCACAGCUGGUGUUGUGGGAUUUGGUUCAGCUGUAGGCCUCCCAACAGAGCAGGUGUCUAUCCCUGACCCAGGGUCCUUCCGACAGAUGGUCUCCUAUAGGCUAGCCCCAAGAGACCCCGCCCACCUCUAAACUAAUUAUACAUUACUGUCACUGGAUAGAGCCACUAACUUAUUCUAUGCUAUUGUAUUUAUACAACUUGAAAUAUUUCUAAUAAACUUUUUUAAAAGAAAAA